AUGAAUCCAGCCAUGGAGAAGGGAAAGAAAGUUCAAAAGCGGAGCGCUUCCGUGCAGAAGGCCCCUUCGCACUCAAAAGGUCCGGUAUAUCAUACUGAGAACGUUCCCACUGUCCGUGGUGAGUCCUCUAGAUCUCUCUCGAGAAGUAGUACGUCUAUCCUUGUCCUCUACGUGGAUUGGUCCGAGCUCAGUCCGAUUUCAAAUCCCCCCUCAGUUAGAACUAAUACGGCCACUUCUUCAGGCCAGUCCGAUCGACUUCAGCAUCCGUCGCUUUCUCGUGUCAAGGGCCGAAGCAACAUGUAUACUCCGCCUCUGAACGGCGCUGAGCGAUCUUGGCUCAACGAUCAAUCGCCUGUGCGAGGUGGUGUCCAGACACCACCCCAACAGUACAGUAGAACGCCAGAGUGUGGUACUCCAACAUUAAUCAAUCCAACUUCAAGCUUGCUACAAGGCUUGUUGAAGGAAGAACGAGCGCAUCGUGGCUCACGAGGCAUCCCAGAAGACGGAGCAGAAAGCCCGAGAACCCCAGAUAGGCCGCGAGUACAAGAAGACACCGCAUCAGAGAAGGCACGCAAAGUCAGUCAGUUCCUCGCUCCGAAUGCGCCUCACUCGAAGGAAAUGGGGGUGCGGGAAAUGGAUCAGUACGUUUCGAAAAUGACCAAACUAAAUUUCGACUUGAAGCUGGAGAUCUUUCACCGCACGCAGCAAAUGGGCGCCAUGGAAAAGAAGCUGGAGCGAAUGCAGGCGAUGGAGGCGGAGCUGAGCCGAUUGCAGAGCUUGGAAGAGGAAGUGAUGGAGCUGCGUGAGAUUAACAAAUGCAACCAAGGCCUACGAGAAGCCAACAGCCAGCUGCGUCAGGACCUUGACACGAAAGAUAAAGCCGUGGAAGAAGCCGUCCAAUGGAUCUGCAAACUGGAAGCUGAAAACGAGCAACUCAAGAACAACGGACGAUCAUCCUCCCUGUCUAUGAACAGACUGGUGCUCGACGGGCCGCAUGCUUCGCCACGAAACCAAAUUGUGAUAGACAUUCCGGAAAGAACGUCAUCCAAAAGAGCGCGUUCUGUUGUCAUGUCGCCCGAAUUGCGACAGCUUAGCAAAGCUCCCUCAUUUUUGCGAGAUGACAAUAAAAGUACUGCCACCCUUCGCAGCCUCUAUGUACCGGAGAAUAACAAGUCACGCUCCGCCUUGAGUCAACUCACCAAAUCCGAAAGCAUGCAUACAAUGACCGAUACCUUGGAACCCGGAUCCCCACGACUCAGUGUCCUCAGCGAGUGCAGCGAGCUGCACCCCUUUGAUACCCCGACAAAAUGGAAUGACUUUGAUAAGCUCGAUAUCCCAGUCCGGAAGGCUUCGAGGGAGAGCGUGGAAAGCUACGCUGCCGCAACCGAGCGAGAGGAGAGCAAAGAGGACCGGAUCGACCGAUGGAUGCAAACACGAACGGACUCCCAGACCAUCAUCAGAAGACGCCAAACUCGGGCGGCUUCCGAUGCUUCGAAAGUGAGCGAAUUGACAUUUACAGGCGAUUUGUACUCGACCAAGCCCCGUGGACGUGGGCGGCUUGAUGCAUCGCUCUUUGGUGGUGCUCAUCUUCCCCCAACUCCUGAUACGAUGAGCACGGCUUAUGUCACGGCCAACAACGGUUCGGAAGGGAGUAUUGCAGCCCGAAAGAGUCCUAAGCCUAAGGGUGAUACGUGGUUCGCUGGUCGGCCACUCACCCGUCGUCGCUCAGCUGAUGAACUCACCACUCGACGCAGCUUCAACGGCAGUGAUAUCACAGACAGCAUGCAGCCAAACUGCAACGAUACCCCUCGUAUUUCAACGGCGGAUAUGGACUCGCCAGUUUUCUUCCCUUUCAACACUGUCGCUUCCAAAGCUAGUGCGCUUCUUGGCCCGGGUAGCCCUGACCACCUUGUCGUUGACGCUUUCAACGAUCCUUUUUAUCAAAACAGCAAGGCAGCAGCGGUGCCAACGGUCACUCCGGGCCAAAGCCCGUCAAAGACCAUCAUGUCGGAUACACAGACCGUCGAUUCACUCAGCGACUCACCGCCGCUGACACCUCAGGACUGGAUUGCGGCCGCAAAACAAGGCCCUCGAUCUCGGAAAGAGAGAGAACGUGGCCUUCGUAUCGAGCCCAAACCUGCGGAGCCCAAUCACUUGGUGAUCAGCCAAGCCGCUUUCCACGAUGACGCCAGCGUUGAUUCCUAUGUAAUUGAACCCGAAGUUGCCGACGUACCAACCCUUGACUUGGAUACCUUGGACGUAUUGGAACAACCAGUCGCCGAGACACCUGCCCCAAGGAUUGAAUCACCCGAACCUGAGCAACGACGCCGCCUCAGCUUCCGGCCCCCUUUCUUCAGCCGAUCUGCCAAUGCGGCCCGUCGCCUCCAAUCCUCUCCGAUCGCCCCUGAUGUCAUGGAUGAGGAAGAUGAUGGUGCUCCGUCCCCAAUCAUUCCCAAAACAAGGAACAUGGGAGGCACAAACCGCCGCCCCAUGUCCCAAAUAAUCACAAACUCCAACGACGUAUACUCAUAUAGUGUUCCCGUUACCAACGAAGCCUUCGGUGCCAGCUUCGGUGGCCGUCGAGCUCUACACCAAUCUUUCGCGGAGGCCAAAGAAACCACCAAUGCCUCCUCAGGCUCUGCCACCAUUUCCGCGCGGCCAACGACAUCGCAUAGCGUGGAGCACAAGCGUCGCAGCUCACUCGGAAUCUUUGGCUGGAUGAAGGGUGUAGGUGGAAAACGGUCUGAGCCGUCAACCCCCGUUGUCGCCGAAAAUUUCUCCGAAUCUGAAGCCAGAGAACAACCCACUCGUGCCUCUUCGCGCCUUGCCCAAGAUAAUGGGCUCGUCCCUGAGCGGCCAGAUACCCCCGACUCAAUGGAUGCUCCCGUCGUGCGUCCACGCUCUGAGAUGACGAUGCGCUCUGAUGAUACUACUCGACGCCCAAGAUAUGUGAGCCGUCAUUCUCGCAGGGUGUAUUAG